GUCCUUGGCAUUCCUUGGCUCCUGGCGGUGUAAUUCCGGUCUCUGCCUCUGUUCGCAUGGCUCUCUCCCGGCCUCCAUCUGCGUGCCCUUUCCUGCUUCUGAGGACGCUAGUCCUUGCAUUUGGGGCUCACCCUGAUCCGAACUACUUUGAGAGCUACCUGACCAUCGCCUCCACCGUCUCCUCCAUGCUGUGCCUCAUGGCGAACUUCCUGCUUGUCAACAGGGUUCCGAUUCGUGUCCGUGUGCUGGCCUCACUGACUGUCAUGCUGGCCAUCUUCUUGGUGAUGACUGUGCUAGUGAAGGUGGACACCUCUUCCUGGACCUCUGGCUUCUUUGCUGUCACCAUUAUCUGCAUGGCGAUCCUCAGCGGCACCUCCACCAUCUUCAAUAGCAGUGUCUUCGGCAUGACCGGCUCCUUCCCCAUGAGGAAUUCUCAGGCGCUGAUAUCAGAAGUCCUACUAUGUGCCAGGGAUACAAAGAUGAACAAGACCCAGCCUCUCAGGAGCUGAUAGCCUAGCAAAUAAACACCUCCAUGACCCUGAACUUUGGCAUUCUCUGGAAACACAGGCGCACGACUUGGGCCAACCCCUUUGGCUGAAGUUUGAUGCUGAUCCUGAGCCCGUGGUCCAGGCCUUUAGCAGCUCUGUUCCCUCGCUCAGAUGUCCCAACAAGAUAAAAAGGAGGUGGGUCAGUAAGAAUCUGUGCUUUUGCAGAAGACCACCAUCCCUUAACGCCAGACUGGGGACUCAGCUGCUGUGUUCGGCGUCCGGGCACAUCGCUGUUGCAUGAAGGAGUGCUGUAAGCAUUUGUCCACUUGAGAAGAAUUUCACUAGGAAUCUCUUCUGUGUCCAUGAAUUAAUAACACCAGGCCGUAUGUGGCAGGGAUGACAAAUACCUGGACAAGUGUGCAUCCCCGCCCCAUGCCCGCACCAGUGCCAGACAUCACUACUAGAUCCGUAUCUUUCCUCCUGAGCCUCCUGCCCCUUCUCAACUCAGCCGUGGAGCUGUUCCUACCUGCAGAUCAGAGUUCAGAUGUGAGCUCAAUCUGCCAUUUUGGACAUAAGAUUAGGCUUCUGGCUCUACCCGGGGAAAUCCUUGGGUCUAAAGUAAAAUAAAAGUGGACCCAUUGCUAAGUUUCUUGAGUACAAUCAAUAUGCCCCUAGCAGGGCUUUGAGAAGGACAUGCCUAGCCUGAGGGAAAUGGCCCGCGAGCAUUGGAUGUAAUCUCUUCUGUCACCCGAGUCUGAGAGAAGCUCUUGUCCCCUCAACUCCCUCCAUCCUGCCAAAGGAUGUAUUUUUCAUUACAACCACAUUGCUGGCUACAUGUCUAGGAGCCAGGGACCAAACACCAUUUGUGCUGGCAGGGGGCCCUUCGGGUUCAUCUGGCCACCUGUGAAUCUUCUCGAAAAGGGAACUCUCCUGUGAAUGUUUCAGAAAGUCCAUUUUUUAAAAAGUUGAAAAGUCCGGCUCUUGCACUUCGGUAUUGAUUACCCCGGGGCCCUAAGUCAGUGUCCUCACUCUGCGGGGGCCGGGGGGAGGGUUGGGCGCCCCUCACCCUGGAAAAUCCGAGGUGGCCCCGGCUCCCAGAGGCCCCACCGCCACCUCCCCAGCCCCCGUCAUUUCUCGUCCAGAGGAGCCCAUCUGUGAAUUCUGCACGUGUAGGCAUGGGAGGAACAAUUCAUUUGUUUUGUGCUGGUGUUUUUUUAAACCCCUCAUUUGCAUGUAUUUCCAUAACUGAUGAGAUAAAAGUAGGGAGUCAUGAAAGAUGAGCUCCCGGAGGCCUGGUUUGUUGUUGAUGAUAAUAUUGUAAAUUCCCUACAAGUUGAGGAGAGAGAGAGGGAAAUCAAUAGGCAGUGAUGUUAAGAUCUGUUCCUCAGGGUAGCCGGCAAGUGUCUUUACUCUAAAGUUGAGCUCCAGUUCUUACAAAACACCCAGGUGGGAUUACAGCGUCUCUGAAGUUGGCACCCUCUUGGCGAGGAGUUUACCCUGUCAUUGCUGCUUUGAUGUAGGAAGGACAGAAAUAGCCGAACACCUAAUUGGGGAUCUGAGAGGAUUCAUAGGCCCUUCUGUGUGCUGGGCACCUUUCUGAAUGCUUUCUGGCUCAGAAUCCUUUUUAUCUUUGUAAGAGCCCUUUGAUGUGGGUAUUACUAAUAUCCCCACUUUACAGAUGAAGACAUGGAGGCACAGAGAGGUUCAGUGACUUGCUGAAGGCCGCACAGCUGGAAGCGGUCGAACCAGGAUUGGAUUCAGAUGUUCUGGUUCCAGAGUCUGUGCUCUUCGUCAUCACUGUGCUAACUUUGAUCUCUCUGCCAUCCUUUCAAAUCCUGAUGCCGGGCCCUGCCCAGGCAAAUGAAGCUCAGCCACAGCGCCGUCGGGCAGAGUGUGGGCGAGGCCCUCAACCGUUGCUCUCCACUACUGCUCGUGCGACACCAGGCAGAAGGUGCCGCCUGGUCAGAGCUGCAUGACAAUGACAGGGCCGUCCCUGCCCACACAGACCAGUUUGCUGUUUGCUGUCUGCAGUGAGCCACCUCCUUGUCUCCCUGAGAAUCAGUAUCCUGGUCCUCGAAUGCGGGCAGACGCAUUCAUUCAGCCCAGCAGUACAACAUACUCACCAGGCCUCGGGGGACGGACAGGACAAGUAUUAGCCCCAUUUUCCAGGCAGAGAAACAGAGGCGGAGAGGAGUAAGUGAUCUGGGGGCAUGCACAACAUGUCUGACCCCUUAGUCUUGCCCAGCACAGGUUGACUAGCCACGGGU